ACAGCGCUGCAGCCACUAUCGAGUUUUCUGAAACUUGAAACUUAGAAGAAUGGCAGAAGAAUCCGCCCCGGAGCCUGGAUCUAAUCGUUCCUAUUCCGCUAUCAACGGUGGCCGGACGAAGGAGGAAUGCGAGGAUAUGAUUCGAAGAAGCCUCCGAACUCCAAUGGUGAAAUUCCUGUUGGAGCAUUUGGAGAAAUCUGGAUGCGGGAUUGGGGAUAAGUUUAUUAAGGCUGUUCAUUGCGAUAAGCAGAUCAGUGGCGGUUAUGUUCGUGGUGAAGGGAUAAUGGUGUGUAGUAAUCACAUGAACAUUCAAGAUGAGGUCAACCAAGUCGUAAUACACGAGCUCAUUCAUGCUUUUGAUGAUUGUCGUGCGGCAAACUUGGAUUGGGCUAAUUGUGCUCAUCAUGCUUGCAGUGAGAUUCGUGCUGGGCAUCUAAGUGGUGAUUGCCACUAUAAACGAGAACUACUGCGAGGUUAUGUGAAAUUACGAGGCCAUGAGCAAGAGUGCGUGAGAAGAAGGGUAAUGAAAUCAGUGAUUGCUAAUCCUUAUUGCUCAGAAGCUGCUGCGAAGGAUGCAAUGGAAGCUGUCUGGGAUGUUUGUUAUAAUGAUACACAGCCAUUUGAUAGAGCUCCCUGAAAGAUAAUCAUGGCCAUUUCAUCUACAGAGAAGAGAACACACAGCUCCAAAUUUAAUGGUGCUAUGCCAGAAAGAGAAACAUGUUUUUUGCCCCAGAAUUUUGGACUGCAUAAAUUAUAGAGUAAGUUCAUUGUCUCGAGCAGUUUAACCGAUUACGAUCGAUGAUUUAAUUUGGAUAUAUAAACUCCCAUUUUUUGCUUGCAUCUGAUCUAGUACCCUUUUCUAAUA